AUGACGUUGGAACUGGCGACUAAAGUCUCGUUUAAACUCAACACCGGCAACGAGAUCCCGGCCCUCGGACUCGGCACCGUCCCCCCUGACGACCCUUCCACCGUUAAGGACCAAGUGCUUGCCGCGGUAAGAGCCGGCUACCGCCAUAUCGAUACCGCCUGGUAUUACGGCACGGAAAAGUAUAUUGGCCAAGCCUUACAGGAGUUGUUUAACGAAGGGUAUAAGCGUGAGGACUUGUUUAUCACCACCAAGGUGUGGCCGCUGUACUGGCACUCGCCGGAGAAACUGUUGGACACGUCGCUUAAGGACUUGCAAUUGGACUAUGUCGACUUAUUCCUCCACCACUGGCCGAUUUUGGUCGAUGGUGACGAAAACGGCCAGCCAUCGAUGCCGAGAAACGACGACGGCACCCCUAAAUUACUUGACGAUCCGGUUAACGGUACAAAGUACAUUGGAGUGUACCAUGAACUUGAACGGAUCUAUAAAGAAACCGAUAAAGUGAAGCAGAUUGGGGUAUCCAAUUACUCGAUCCCUAAGCUCAGACAACUUUUAAAAGAAGCGAAGGUGGUCCCCGUGGUCAACCAGAUCGAGUACCACCCUCAAUUGCCCCAACAGGACCUUGUCGAUUUCUGUCAGGAACACGGCAUUCUCAUUGAGGCCUACUCUCCUGUCGGGGCCGAGGGAGCUCCGGUACUUGAGCUUAAAGAGAUUAAACAGCUUGCCGCCAAGUACCAGUGUACGGAAAACCAGGUGGCCAAUGCCUACCAUAUUUUACAGGGGAGAGUGACGCUUCCUCGGCUGUCGAAUCUCGAUAGAAUUAGGGAUAACACUCAGAUCCCUAAACUCACUAAGGAGGAAUUGGCAUCGUUAUACAAGGCCGGCGAAGCGAACCCGGUGAGACACCACAACGAGGACUGGGGGUACGGGCUCGGUUUCCGCUGGUGGCAGGGCGACACCUUGUCUAAGCAAUUUGAUUAG